GAUACCUUAGCUUCUCGAGGUAACUACAAAAUCUUAUUCAGAAUUCAGACAGUCUUUAUUAAGACCACCACCACCCUUCUUCUUCUAAAUUUGGUACAGACAGAUUUCAAUGGCAAGGGCAAAUCAUCAUUUGGUUUGCAUGAUUUUGAGUUGUUUUCUUUUCUUAGCAGCUUUAGAACUCAACACCAUUCAAUGUGUUACUACUAGUACACUUGAUAGAAACUCAUUUCCUCCUGAAUUUGGUAUUGGUUUUAGUACUUCUGCUUAUCAAGUUGAAGGAGCAGCUCAUGAAGAUGGAAGAGGACUUAGCAUCUGGGAUACUUUCUGCUCAAUUCCUGGUAUAUUUCAGAAUGGAAAGAAAGAAAGUAAGACUAAGACUGUCUGAAUUCUGAAUAAGGACAAGUGAUAGUUGCAUAUUUCAGUUUUCAAUUUUUAAUCAUCUCAAAUAAAUAUCAAGUAACCAGAGGAAAAACAUAAUGAUCACCCAUGU